CGUCGUUCAGGAACUAUGAAUAACAUCCGCAAUGAAUACCACGCGGUGAAGUGGAGCUACACAUGAUCGUCUUCCACUUAUGGCAGUGGUUUGACAUGGAGGAAGCGUGACUUUUUCCAUCUGUUUCAUCAUCACUGUUGACGGAUCUCAUGCAAGUUUACCAAGGGAAUAUAACCAAAGGAGUGAACAUAACUUCACCUCGACAUGGAGAGAAAAAGUACUGCAAAGUUGUCGGAACUACAACAGAUAGAGCGAGAAGUGCAAGCGAGAUGGGAAAAGUUGAAAAUAUUUGAAGAAGAUGCUCCUGCCCCAGGCACACCAGAGGCAAAACGAGAGAAGUACAUGGUGACAUUCCCCUUUCCAUACAUGAAUGGCCGUCUUCACCUUGGCCACACGUUCUCGCUGUCCAAGUGUGAGUUUGCUGUGGGUUACCAGAGGAUGCUUGGGAAGAGAUGUCUAUUUCCAUUCGGACUGCACUGUACUGGCAUGCCUAUCAAGGCGUGUGCAGAUAAGCUGAAGCGAGAGAUGGAAGACUUUGGGUUCCCCCCAGAGUUUCCCCCGGAGAAGGUGGAGGAGGAGGAAUCACCAGUGGACAGGGAAGUCGUCAUCAAGGACAAGGCGGUGGGCAAGAAGAGUAAAGUGUUGGCCAAGACAGGUGGUCUCAAGUAUCAGUGGCUGAUCAUGGCUGCUCUAGGGCUGACCAAUGAUGAGAUCAAGGAAUUUGCUGACCCCAUGCAUUGGCUGAAGUACUUCCCCCCUCAUUGUAAGAAUGACCUCAGAAGUUUGGGAGUAAAGGUUGACUGGAGGCGGAGCUUUCUGACAACUGAUGUCAACAAGUACUUUGACUCCUUCGUCCGCUGGAUGUGCAUCAGGCUGAAGGAACGUGAUAAGUGCAAGUUCGGGAAAAGGUACACCAUCUUCUCCCCUAGAGACAACCAGCCCUGCAUGGACCAUGAUCGGAGUUCAGGGGAGGGUGUGGCACCUCAAGAGUACACAGUGAUUAAGAUGAAAGUCCAGGAACCUUACCCACAAAAACUCAGUUCUCUGACAGGCCGUCCGGUGUUUCUGGUUGCAGCAACUCUGCGCCCAGAGACCAUGUUUGGACAGACGAACUGCUGGGUGCGUCCGGACAUGAAGUAUGUUGCCAUAGAGAUUGCCACAGGGGAGGUGUUUGUGUGCACGCGCAGAGCUGCACGGAACAUGAGCUACCAGGGAUUCACAGCUGUCAAUGGGGAGUACAAGGUCCUGGUGGAACUCAUCGGACAGGACAUCAUGGGCCAGGCUCUGUCGGCUCCGCUGUCAUCCUACCGGACGAUCUACACGCUGCCCAUGCUGACCAUCAAGGAGGAUAAAGGGACUGGUGUCGUGACGAGCGUUCCUUCUGAUUCCCCUGACGACUACGCAGCUCUUCGAGACCUCAAGAAGAAGGAACCAUUCCGACAAAAGUAUGGCAUCAAGGAUCACAUGGUCCUACCCUUUGAACCAGUUCCCAUCAUAGAAGUUCCCGAGUUCGGAUCUCUGUGCGCGGUCACCGCCUGUGACAUGUUCAAGAUCCAGAGUCAGAACGACCGGGACAAACUCCAGGAGGCCAAGGAGAAAGUCUACCUGAAGGGCUUUAAUGAGGGGGUCAUGAAAGUUGGACAGUUCAAAGGUCAGAAGGUCCAGGAUGUGAAGAAGAAGAUACAAAAGGAAAUGGUUGCCAUGAAAGAUGCUGUUAUCUACAUGGAACCAGAGAAGAAGGUGAUGUCACGGUCUGCGGACGAGUGUGUUGUAGCACUCUGUGAUCAGUGGUAUCUGGAUUAUGGCGAGCCUAAAUGGAGGGCACAAGCUGAUGAAUGCCUGGCUUCAAUGGAGACAUUCCACGAUGAGGUUCGCAAGAAUUUUAUGUCUACACUAGACUGGCUGCAUGAGCAUGCCUUUUCAAGGUCAUAUGGUUUAGGCUCCCGGAUCCCAUGGGACCAGGACUACCUGGUUGAGAGUUUGUCUGAUUCAACAAUCUACAUGGCCUACUACACCGUGGCUCACCUCCUGCAGGCUGGAGUCUUCGAUGGAAGCGUUAUGGGGCCAGCCAACAUUAGGGCUGAACAGCUGAUUCCAGAGGUGUGGGACUAUAUCUUCUUCAAGGAAAUGCCAUUCCCACAGAAGGCUGGAAUAUCCAGGGCCAUGCUGGACAAGAUGAAAAAUGAGUUCAACUAUUGGUACCCUGUAGAUGUCCGGAUGUCAGGCAAAGAUCUAAUCCCCAACCAUCUGACCUACUUCAUCUACUGCCAUUGUGCCAUGUGGCCUGAUGACAAAUCUAAAUGGCCCAAGGGAGUGAGAGCUAAUGGCCACAUCCUGCUAAAUUCUGAAAAGAUGUCCAAGUCCACGGGGAACUUCAUGAGCCUUGACGAUGCACUGGCCAAGUUCUCAGCUGAUGGCACAAGACUGUCGCUAGCAGAUGCUGGAGAUUCUGUAGAAGAUGCCAACUUCGUGGAGAAAAUGGCAGACGCUGGCGUCCUGCGUCUGUACACCCUCCUGGAGUGGGUGAAGGAGAUUCUAGCCAAUCAGGACACACUGAGGAAAGGCCCACCGAGUGCCUAUACUUUCAACGACAAAGUAUUUAUCAGUGAAAUGAACAAGGCCAUAGCUGAGACGAAAGCUAACUAUGAUGCCUACCUGUUCAAAGAUGCUCUCAGGACAGGCUUCUUUGAGAUCCAGGCAGUCCGUGACAAGUACCGGGAGGUGGAGAUGGAGGGGAUGCACCGUGACCUAGUGCUGCGCUUCAUCGAGGUGCAGGUGCUCAUGCUGUCCCCCAUCUGCCCCCAUCUCAGUGAACACAUCUGGGGGCUGCUGGGCAAGCCUGACAGCAUCAUGAAGGCUGCAUGGCCAGCUGGGGGACCGAUUGAUGAGAAGCUGGUCCAGGCGUCCGAGUACAUCACUGAUGCUGCCCACGAGUUCCGCAUCCGUCUCAAGGCAUACUCCGCUGCAGGCAAGGGGAAGAAAGCUCCACCGGCUCCCAGUCAGGCCACCGUGUGGAUAGCGAAGACGUUCCCGCCAUGGCAGAGUGCCGUCCUCACCAAGCUGAAAGAACUGCACAAGCCGGAGACAGGUCUGCCUGAAAACAAGGUGAUCGCCACGGAACUUAAGGACAGGCCCGAGCUGAAGAAAUACAUGAAAAAACUAAUGCCUUUUGUGCAACUAGUGAAGGAAAAUUUUGCCAAACAAGGCAUGAAAGCUCUGGCCCUGACCAUGGACUAUGAUGAGACAGAAAUACUGAAGACAAGUCUGAAGUACUUAACAUAUACACUGGAGCUGGAGAGGAUUGACAUCAGGUUUUCUGAGGAUGCGAAUGAAAAGGUUCAACAAGACUGCUGCCCAGGAAAGCCUUUCAUUACGUACAGAACAGAGCCAAAUGUCCCUUUAAAGUUGCUAAAUCCUGAGCCCUACAGUGGCCUGUUCGAGACUUCAGUGCCAGUGUUCCAGGGGGAUACAUCUCAGCAAAUUCUCAACCGCCUCAACAAGAUGGAGAGGUCAAAGAUCAAAGACCUGUCUUCUGUGGUGAUGCUGAGGUACGAGGACCCAGUGGUGGGGCCCAGACAGCUCCCGGACAUGAACAAUCUCAAGAAAGGACUUGUUCCUGUUGGCAACUCCUCUGUGUUCAGCAUCAAUGUGGAGAGGAAUGAAGUGACUGUGGCCGAGGGAGGCAAAACACACAACGUAGGACAGCGGCUGGUGUAUAUGCUCAAAUCCAACUAACUGGAACAGGAUUGAAGAGGAGAUCACAGAUCACAGGAGGAGAUGACCAGUGUCUCAGUAUCACAUCUUGACAUCAUGCAACUAUUUAUUUUUCUAAAAUGUGUUGUUGGUCUUAGUGCACAGCCUGUUAUCAUAAUGGAAUCACCAUUUAUUAUUCCGGGGGAGAGGUUGCUGAGAUAUUUAUAGAGACAGUAUUUAUCGAUCACUGUUUCAAGAAGAUUGGUCGCCAGGAGGCAGUAGGGUAGCCCACUGGUUACAGUGCCAAGUCCUAUGGAAGGCCUGGGUUUGAUUCCUCAUAUGGGUAGUGUGUGAACUCAUUUCUCAUGUCCCUUUUGUGAUAUUGCAGUAUUGAUGGAAGCUGAUCUUGAUUCUAUUGUCUGUACUUAUACCUCCUUUUGUAGAAUUUGCCUGAAUGUUCACAUUGCACCAAUAUAAAGCUGAUUUAUCAUUUACAGAGUUUCCAUGAAAGAUGCAGGAAUGGGCCCAAAUGUUUUAACGAAUCUGCAUCAGAUAAUAGAGGAGUUAAAAGAAAUAAAGAAUAAAAGAAUUGUCAGAUGGCUGUCACUGUCAGGACCAUCCGUUUUCAGAACCUGCAUUUCCUUACUUGAUGCUUGAAGUAAACAGUUAAAAUAUUUUGAAUUUAAAGAAUAAAAAUGAAAAUUAUUAUUUCUUAA